GCUAACCAAUCAGAGAUGGAGGCGGGACUGAGCGGCUCUUCUGAUGGUUCGCUCAGCAGCAGGAGGUUUCUGGUUGCUCCUUUAGUCCCAUAGAAAUGGGUAGGUUCUUAAAUGUUCUUCGCAGCUGGCUGGUAAUGGUGUCAGUGAUUGCCAUGGGCAACACAAUCCAGAGCUUUCGGGAUCAUAGCUUCCUAUCUGAAAAACUUUACACGGGGACCCCUGAGUUUGUGAAUGGUCUGCAGGCACGAACAUUUGGAAUAUGGACUCUCCUUACAUCAAUAAUACGCUGCGCCUGUGCUGUAGACAUACAAAACAAAACGUUAUAUCACAUCACCCUGUGGACGUUUGUUUUGGCUUUGGGUCAUUUUAUGUCUGAAGCAUUUAUUUACAAAACUGCUCCACUUACAAUUGGUGUUAUGGCUCCACUCAUAGUGGCAGGGUUUUCAAUUAUUGGAAUGCUUUUUGGGUUCCAAUGUAUGGCAGAGCCUCAGGAUGCAGUGGUAGCUCGGCAGAAAAAGCGAAACUGAGGAGGUGGAUGAGUGACACCAGCUGAACGUUUCUGGACUGCUGAAACAAGUGGCUGCACGGUGGAGCAUUUUAACAGGACACUGUCAUAUGCUAAGUGAUUAGGAGCUCCCUGUACAUUCCUAAUUCAAGUGACACGCACAAACAAAAAUCAAGGUGAUGGUGUUUGCAUUUUAAUUUCUUUCAUGUUCAGGGUAUUUCAUAUUCAUCCUGCUUUUGUACACACCAUAUAAAUGUGAUCCAGAGAACUUUAAUGCCAUCCAGUGCAGUGCCAGGUUCAAGCUGACCAUCUUUUGUGUAUUAAGGUUGAAGUCUGGCUGCUUCCUUCUGCAUGUUAGCAGAGUUCAAUGGGCACUGACUAAAAAGGGCAUAAAUCAAAGCUUGGAUCUGAAGAACGUGAUUCAAUGUAAAAAAAAAAAAAAAAAAAAUGUCAAAAUACAGGCAAAUUAUUAAUUUGAAAAUGUACUGGUAAAACCAGUUUGCCAGGUUACUAAUAUAUAAGUUGUUUUCAAUUCUUAUAAUUUUUAGGAGGAUUUAAACUGAUAAGUUUAUAACUACAUUAUGAUCCAGACAACAUACCGCGGUGUUGUUUGAUGGUUGAAAAGGGCUACAUAAGGUGAUCACAUUUAAAUAUCUAAUAAUAGUACAAGCUUUUGGCUUGUGCAGAAGACAAAUUCAGGAGCUCAUCUAAUCCAUGCUGAAUAAAGCACACAGGCAGCCGUCUUCUCAUAUGAAUGCUGGUUUAUGAGAAUCUGAACUAAGUAAGUGUGGUCUUCUGGUUUGUCUGCUUCAAAGAAAUUGCCUAUUCAUAUAAUUUAUGAGAAUUUUGGGACAUGUGUCACAGAUGUUGUACUCUUAGAUAAGUUGUACCUUUUGCAUCUCUUGACAUUAUAAAACCUACACUGUACUGUGCCAGCCAAUGAUUACAAAAUCAACAAGUGCCCCCACAGACUCAGUAAGGGUAUAGUUCUAACUUUGUAACUGAAGAACAACUCAUUUGAGUUGCUAAAUUCACUCUGUGUAGAUGACAGUGAAGAUCUGCAGGGAAGGAAACUCAUGAACUGGGAUAUCUGGCAUGGGAAAUCUAUCACUGAACAGUAUUAGGAACCCCCUGUCUGUUGGAAGCACUGGCUGCUCGUUCAUUUUAGCCAAAGGGUUUUUUACAUAAUCAUGUUUUCCAUGCAUGUGCCCAACAUGCCUUCCACAGUGUGUCCCUCCCUUGAACGUUUCUGCUUUGUUCAGGUUGAGGGGGUUAUAGGUGUUCUGUUACUUAUUCCUCUCAAAUUUAGAAUUUGACAUUUCUGAGACUAACCCACUUUCUAGACUUCUCCUUUUAAACAUAGAAUUACUAUUCUCUAUUAAUAUCCUACUCUAGAAAAAUAAAAUGUAAAAAUAUAAUCUUAUCCCUGAACCUUGAGUUAACAAAUUACAAGCCUCUAACUUGCCAGUCUCACAACAGUUUUGUGAAGUAAUAGAAUCUAAAAUUGCUGUACACUUUAGAAGUUUAUUUUAAAUUAGGGGUAGUUAGUGCUGCCUCUACAAAUCCAGUGUUCAGUGCUAAAAUCCUGCGCUGCUCCUUUUCAUUGUGGAGUUUGCAUGUUCUCUCCAAUUCUCCCACAUUCAAAUACGAGUAAAUGCAUGUUCAGUUAACUGGCCCUUUCAUGAACGAACGUGGAUGUGUGUGUGAUUGGCCCCAGUGAUGGACUUGCUGAAUGCCCACUGCCAUGUGCUUGUUGAGUAUAUUUUAAUAAAACAUACAAUGUUAUUUCUAAAACAAUAAAUAUUAAAACAAAUUUUUUCUGAUUUAGUUUAUGCUUCCUUGUUUCAGUGAGUUAUGACUUUUUAUGUACUUUCAGCAGCUUUUGUAAAUUAACAUACCCACCACAACAUUCAUCAAAGGCACAUAUCACUGUGGCUUACGCAUCACAAUCAAUAGUAGAAAAGCAGAUUAAAAAUCAAAAACAUAAAGCAAACUAAAACAAAUAACAGUAGAAGGCAGUGUAGGAGGAGGUCAUAUAUGAUGUAGUAGCUAUACAAAUGGCCUGCAUUUUAAAAAUGAAAUUAUCUGUAAGCAAACCUAGUUGUGUGCGACUUGUGUUUGGAAUUUGUCAAUGCAAAGUCUCUUGGCACUUAAACUAAUGAGGGGGAAAAAUAUAGAAAAGAAAGUCACAGGUUUAUUUGAUACUCUUCAAGGUGAAUGUCAUCCCAAUGCAUUUCAUACAUAACAAUUUAUUUGCUACAGUAUAUAAACGUACUAAAAUGUACCCAUUUCUAUUUAA